CGGGCCGCGCCCCCGCCCGGUCCCGCCCGCCGCACCGCCACUGAGCGCAUGGGCCGCGCCGCGCCGCGCCGCUCCGGGAGCCGGGCCCGGGGCCCCGCCGCCGCGCGCGGGACAGAUUGAUUCACUUUGGAGCUGUAAGUACUGAUGUAUUAGGGUGCAGCGCUCAUUGUUCAUUGACGCACAGAGUCCCAAAAUGAAUAUCCAAGAGCAGGGUUUCCCCUUGGACCUCGGAGCAAGUUUCACCGAAGAUGCCCCCCGACCCCCAGUGCCUGGUGAGGAGGGUGAACUGGUGUCCACAGACCCUAGGCCCAUCAGCCACAGCUUCUGCUCCGGGAAAGGUGCCGGGAUUAAAGGGGAGACGUCAACAGCCACUCCGAGGCGCUCAGAUCUGGACCUGGGAUACGAACCUGAGGGCAGUGCUUCCCCCACCCCCCCGUACUUGAAGUGGGCCGAGUCGCUGCACUCUUUACUAGACGAUCAAGAUGGGAUAAACCUGUUUAGGACUUUCCUGAAGCAGGAGGACUGUGCUGACCUGCUGGACUUCUGGUUUGCCUGCAGCGGCUUCAGGAAACUGGAGCCCUGUGACUCGAAUGAGGAAAAGAGGCUGAAGCUGGCCAAAGCUAUUUACCGAAAGUACAUCCUUGAUAACAACGGCAUCGUGUCCAGGCAAACCAAGCCAGCCACCAAGAGCUUCAUAAAGGACUGCAUCGUGAAGCAGCUGAUCGAUCCUGCCAUGUUCGACCAGGCCCAGACGGAAAUCCAGUCCACCAUGGAGGAGAACACCUACCCCUCCUUUCUCAAGUCCGAUAUUUAUUUGGAAUACACGAGGACAGGCUCGGAGAGCCCAAAGCUCUGUAGUGACCAGAGCUCUGGGUCAGGGACAGGGAAGGGCAUACCUGGAUACCUGCCCACUUUGAACGAAGAUGAGGAAUGGAAAUGUGACCAAGAUAUAGAGGAAGACGAUGGCAGAGACCCUGCUCCCCCUGGCAGGCUCACACAGAAGCUGCUCCUGGAGACAGCCACCCCCCGCGCCUCCUCAAGUAGACGGUACAGCGAAGGCAGAGAAUUCAGGUAUGGAUCCUGGCGGGAGCCCGUCAACCCCUACUAUGUCAACUCCGGCUACGCCCUCGCCCCAGCCACCAGCGCCAACGACAGUGAGCAGCAGAGCCUGUCCAGCGACGCCGACAGCCUGUCCCUCACCGACAGCAGCGUGGAUGGAAUCCCACCCUACAGGAUCCGCAAGCAGCACCGCCGGGAGAUGCAAGAGAGCGUCCAGGUCAACGGGCGGGUGCCUCUACCUCACAUUCCUCGCACUUACCGAAUGCCAAAGGAGAUCCGUGUGGAGCCACAGAAGUUCGCCGCGGAGCUCAUCCACCGCCUGGAGGCCAUCCAGCGAACGCGGGAGGCUGAGGAGAAGCUGGAGGAGCGGCUGAAGCGCGUCCGGAUGGAAGAGGAAGGUGAGGAUGGCGACGUGUCCUCCGGCCCCCCAGGGGCCAGUCACAAGCUGCCUUCAGCCCCAGCCUGGCACCACUUCCCGCCCCGCUACGUGGACGUGGGCUGCGCAGGGCUGCGGGACACGCAUGAGGAGAACCCUGAGAGCAUCCUGGACGAGCAUGUGCAGCGGGUCAUGAGGACACCCGGCUGCCAGUCCCCGGGACCUGGCCACCACUCCCCUGACGGUGCACACGUGCCCAAGAUGCCAGGAGUGCUGGGGGGCAUAGCUCCCGGGCACGGUAAGCACGCGCUCAAGUCGGGGGCGAAGCUGGAUGCAGCCGGCCUGCAUCUCCACAGGCACAGCCACCACCACGGCCACCACGGCUUGGCCAGGCCCAAGGAGCAGGCCGAGGCCGAGGCUACCCGCCGGGUCCAGAGCAGCUUCGCAUGGGGCUUGGAGCCACAUGGCCACACGGCCAAACCCCGCAGCCACUCAGAAAGCGUGGGCACCGCCCCUGUCACCAGCGACAGCCUGGUCUACAGCGGGAAGGUAGGCAUCACCUCCAAAAGAAAUGCCAAGAAGGCCGAGUCAGGGAAAGGUGUCGGCGCUGAGGUGCCAGGCUCCUCGGAGGAUGCGGAGAAGAACCAGAAGAUCAUGCAGUGGAUCAUCGAGGGGGAGAAGGAGAUCAGCAGGCACAGGAAGGCCGGCCACGGGUCUUCCGGGGCGAAGAAGCAGCAGGCCCAUGAGAGCUCCAGGCCCCUGUCCAUUGAGCGUCCGGGGGCCGUGCACCCCUGGGUUAGUGCUCAGCUCCGGAACUCUGUCCAGCCCUCUCAUCUCUUCAUUCAAGACCCCACAAUGCCACCCAACCCAGCCCCCAACCCUUUGACCCAGCUGGAGGAGGCCCGCAGGCGUCUGGAGGAGGAGGAGAAGAGAGCCAGCAAGUUACCCUCGAAGCAAAGGUAUGUGCAGGAGGUCAUCCAGCGGGGGCGCUCCUGCAUCAGGCCAGCGUGCACGCCCGUGCUGAGCGUGGUGCCAGCGGUAUCCGACCUGGAGCUCUCCGAGACAGAGACGAAAUCACAGAGGAAGGCGGGUGGUGGGAGCACCCAGCCAUGUGACAGCAUCGUCGUGGCCUACUACUUCUGCGGGGAGCCCAUCCCCUACCGGACCCUGGUGAGGGGUCGUGCGGUCACCCUGGGCCAGUUCAAGGAGCUGCUGACCAAGAAAGGGAACUACAGAUACUACUUCAAGAAAGUGAGUGACGAGUUUGACUGUGGAGUGGUGUUCGAGGAGGUUCGGGAGGAUGAGGCCGUCCUGCCCGUCUUCGAGGAGAAGAUCAUUGGCAAGGUGGAGAAGGUGGACUGACCGCAGGCCUGGCCUCUGCGCCUGGCCGGGCCCUCGUCAGGCAGGACGGGGCAACCACACUGAGAGCCACCAAGGGUUGUGCAUGUCGCGUGCUCUCACGUGUGGCAGACACACAGCUGCUGGGGGAAGGCCAGGCGCUGCCUGCCCCAUCGCCGCCACCCCCCGGUCCAUCUGUCCACGUGGUGGGGGUCCCUCUGAGUGGGCCCACGGGCUUCUGUCCCGCUGCCGAUGAGGGAACCCCGUCCCCCGUCCAAUACUCCAAUACUUGGAGAGUCCGCCUGAGCAGGGAGGCCACCUCGGGCCGCCGAGAUGACCCUCCCCAGCGGCCCCUGCUGCUAGCCAGCCCACGGGCGCCUCGCCGGGUGCUCACACCACAGGCUCUGCUUCUCCCUCUGGGACUUAGCCGCCAUACCAUGCCCUGGUCGGGCCCAGCCUGGGUCUGGGGCACAGGGGCCCUGCGAGGGCCUCUGUAAACUGUACACGUCACCGAGUGCCUUCAGCGCAGCUUGUCUCUUGCCCACCACUGUGUGGAUCUGGCGACAGAGCACCCCAGUGCCCUCCCUCCUGCGCCCGCGGGUUCCAGAGGGCCAGCUGCGCAGGGCCCGGCCCCUCCCUCCUAAGGGCCCGUGUAAAUAUGUACAUUUCUCAGGCCAGGGCCAGCAGGGGGCUGCCCCGAGACCCGUUUUUCACGCGCUGACUUGUACAAUUAUGUUUUCAAAGGUACUUGGAUAAUAAUGAAAUAAAACCAUUUUUGAACCUUC